UUAAAGAAUUGCAGGCAGCUCUUAUAGUAGUACUACAUUUGUAAUUUAAGCAGUAACUUUUUAAUUAGUCUAUAGCAUUGGGACGUUCUGAUUCAUAUAUUCAGUAGAGUAAUGGAAUCGAGUUUCAAGCAGGAAUCCUUUGGUGAAGCUGUACAUCCAUUUAUCUCUUCAGUAGGUUUUGUAUUGAGCACAGCUCUGAAAUUCUUAAUAAACUAGGGUGGUUAACUAGAACUCCUCACUGAUUUAAGUGGACAGUGAAAUCCUUCACUCUCUUCCACGUAUUUUACUGUGUGUAUCUAAUUACUGAUAAUGCCCAGCACAAUUUUGGAAAACAUCUGCUCUUCAAAUAAAUACAUUAGGCACUUUUUUUUUUUAAUAUGUAUAUACUAUAUUUGUGAAGAAACAUUGCAGUGAGACAAAGAGCAUCACAGUUACUAAAGGUGACUGAGCUAGUUUCACUGUUCAGGUAUUCACUGUAGCCUAACUAUUUGGUAAGUUUGGCAACAAUUGGGAUGCAUUGAAGAAAAUUGCAAUUUCUUGGAAAUCUCUUAAUGAAAAUGAAAGCAUCUUUCAUAAUAAUGCUCCAGCUUCAGUCUAAAGAACAGACUAUAAAAAACAUCCUAUAAAGAAUGAACUAAUGGCCAUGGUUCGUUACAAAAGCAUGCAAACAACCAACCCCAAAACCUCUUCCGUUUUCAAACACUGUUCUAGAUCUGAUCUCUUGUGUUUUGGCCAACAGGUAACGCAGCCCUGGUAAUACUUACCUGCUGUUUAGGAAAAAAAAAAUGCUGGCAGUAAAUCUGAUUUAACAGUUAGACCUGGUUGUUUCAGAUUGGCUUAGAAUGUCGUCUUUUUUCUGUGUUUUUGUUUGUUUUAUUUUUCAAAUGAGGCUGGUAAUGGAAGCAGGACUGAAACUAGAAGGGGGCAGUUGACACGCUUAAGCUUUACAUUUAAACUGAUGACAAAACUACCUUUGUAAGAUACGAGGAAACUCAUUUAUGAAAGCCGCAGCCAACUGCUGCUGCAACUGAAGAGCACCCCUCUCCUCUUGGAAUGAGCGUGUUUUCACUGCACAGACCCUCCACGCAUGAAGGGACGGCUGUGUUCGAGAUAGGAGGAAACUCAUUUAUCAAACCCGCAGGCCAAGAGCAUCCCUCCCCCCGCGCAGACCCCGCGCUCCCGGCAGCGGCGACACCGCAGCCCUCCCGCGGAUCCGCGGCGCCGACACGCCGCCCCCGCGCCUCCAGCCUCCCCGGGAGCCUCCGCCAACCCGGCCGGAACAGGAAGGCGGCCGGGAGGAGCCGCCGCGUCCCGGGGCUCCGGCAGCGCAGAGCACCUGGGAACAUGGCCCUGCGAGAGAGAGAAAGCAGCAGCAGCUCCAUCAAUGACAAGCAAGAGCGGAACUGUAGCCGUGUUAUUAUAAUUGUCUUCCUGGCACUCUUCAUCGACUUGUUGGGAUUUGCUCUCAUCUUGCCACUGUUUCCUUCCAUUCUUGAUUACUACAGCCAGGCAGAGGAUGGCUUCUAUUUGUCAUUGCAACGUGGUGUGGACUGGUUUGCAGUGCUGGUUGGGAUGCCUCCAGAGAGGAAAUACAACAGUGUCUUGUUUGGAGGUCUGAUUGGCUCAAUCUUUUCCAUCCUACAGUUUUUCUCCUCUCCCCUCACUGGGGCUGCAUCAGACUGCUUGGGCAGAAGACCUGUCAUCUUGAUGACAGUGGUGGGUUUGGUGACAUCAUAUGCACUAUGGGCUGCCUCUAGGACUUUUGGCAUUUUUCUUCUGUCCAGGAUCAUAGGUGGAAUAAGCAAAGGGAAUGUCAGCCUCUCCACAGCUAUAAUUGCUGACCUGAACUCUCCGAAAGCACGGAACAAGGGCAUGGCAAUGAUUGGUGUUGCUUUCUCCCUUGGUUUUACUGUGGGUCCCAUGAUUGGAGCUUACCUGGCCAUGGAGACAGAGAAAGGAGAAGUCUUCUAUCUUCGUUCGGCAUUGUUAGCACUUGCAUUUGCUGUGACUGAUUUAAUUUUCAUCUUCUUCCUACUUCCGGAGACGCUUCCCAAAGAAAAAAGGGUCUCUUCCGUGACAUCUGGAUUUCAGGCAGCAGUUGACUUGCUCAGUCCUUUGGCUUUAUUUCGGUUCUCUGCAGUAACCCGAGGAAAGGAAUCUCCUUCAGAGGAGAAUCUUCAGAAUCUCAAAGUCUUGGGCCUGGCUUAUUUCCUGUACCUCUUCCUGUUUUCCGGCUUGGAGUAUACCCUGAGUUUUCUCACUCACCAAAGAUUCCAGUUCAGCAGCAUGCAGCAGGGCAAGAUGUUUUUCUUUAUUGGAAUAACAAUGGCUGUGAUCCAGGGAGGCUACGCUCGCCGAAUCAAGCCAGGAAAUGAAAUCAGAGCUGUAAAAAGGGCUAUUCUGUUGCUGAUUCCAGCUUUCUUACUAAUUGGAUGGGCUGCAAAUGUGACCAUGCUCAGUGUUGGACUGCUGCUGUACUCUUUUGCUGCGGCCAUUGUUAUCCCGUGUUUGUCAGCAGUGGUAGCAGGCUAUGGCUCUGCCAGCCAGAAGGGACGAGUCAUGGGAAUCCUGAGGAGCUUGGGUGCCCUUGCCAGAGCCCUGGGACCAAUCCUGUCAGCUACAGUGUACUGGCUGGCAGGGGCAGAGGUUUGCUUCACCAUCUGUGGAGUUCUCUUCCUCAUCCCCUUCGUUUUACUUGGGUCUAUAAAACAGCAGACAAAGGAAGAGUAGGAAGUAACCACAGAACUACCCCCAGCUCCCACAGAGCUCUACAAGACCUGAUUCUUGCCACCUGACUGCCAAUCACAGAAAGAGGAGGACUUCAACCUUUUGGAAGGGGACAUGCGAUGACCAUGCGCAGCACCAACAGACUUCAAGUUUCUUAAGGCCAUCCCUGCGCAGUGAUGUUUCAGACGGGCUCCCAGCCUACUUGGCUCAUUUUGAAAAUAGAAAAAAACACUCCACGAAACAGCUGAGCAAAGCAUUUG